AUGCUCUCUUCCACGCGGUCCGCGGCUUCAAUGGCCCUCCGAGCCAAGCCUACAACUGCCAUUGUUCCUUUCCGAAUUACUGCCGCCGCCUUCACGACCAACUCUCGCCGCGAUGCGAGCGCCCUCCAGACUCACUCUGCAACUGGUGUAGGAAAGGUUCGCAGGGAGGUCCCGUUGCCCAGCGAGGUUGCUCCUAAGGGUGCCUUGCAGUAUGCGCUGACCACACUUGAUGCCGUCACCAACUGGGCUCGCCAGUCCUCCCUUUGGCCCAUGACCUUCGGUCUGGCCUGUUGUGCCGUUGAAAUGAUGCAUCUCUCCACCCCCCGAUACGAUCAGGAUCGCCUCGGUAUCAUUUUCCGUGCUUCGCCACGACAGUCCGAUGUCAUGAUUGUUGCUGGUACUCUCACAAACAAGAUGGCUCCUGCUCUUCGACAGGUCUACGAUCAGAUGCCUGAUCCCCGCUGGGUUAUUUCCAUGGGUUCAUGUGCUAAUGGUGGUGGAUACUACCACUACAGCUACUCUGUCGUCCGAGAUAUGUCCCCCAGCCCCCCCUUCGUUCGCACAGUCCGUCUAACUCCCAAUCAAGCUGCGAUAGGGUAG